AUGAAAGAAAGAUAUGGGUCCAAUGAAAAGCAGGAAAAGGCAAUUAGAGACGCAAAGAGUCAACGAUGGCAUAUCACCAUUGGACUCGAAAUCCAUGCUCAGCUGAAUACGGCGCGCAAGCUCUUUUCGAAUGCAAAGGCUUCUGCCGAUGAUGAACCCAACACCAACGUCGCGCUUUUCGAUAUGGCUUUCCCCGGUACCAUGCCCAUCUUUCAAAAAGCUACCUUGAUACCUGCUAUUCGCGCCGCGCUUGCUUUCAAUUGCGCCAUCCAGCAUGAGAGCACAUUUGACAGGAAGCAUUACUUCUAUCACGAUCAGCCCGCAGGCUAUCAGAUUACACAAUACUAUUCGCCGUACGCGAAAAACGGUGGUCUUACACUCACAGACCUGGAUGGGAUGGAGAGUCCAAUUACUAUCCGCAUCAAGCAGAUACAAAUGGAGCAGGAUACCGCCAAGUCUACGAUGCAAGGUACACUUGCCUUGCUAGAUUUCAAUCGUGUCGGUCAGGCUCUCAUUGAGAUCAUCACCGAGCCUGAUAUGCACAGCGCGAAAGAGGCAGCCGCUUGUGCCAAAAAGAUCCAAGUCAUACUACAAUCAGUCAAUGCAGUGACGACAGGCAUGGAGCAUGGAGGUCUGAGGGCCGACGUCAAUGUCUCUGUCAGCCCUGCUGGAUCCUCGAAAUUGGGUCAGCGGGUUGAGAUCAAGAACCUGAGCACCUUUCAAUCAAUUGAAGCUGCAAUCCACGCCGAAGAAGCCCGUCAGAUAGCUGUCCUAAAGUCAGGUGGAGAAGUCGCUGGCGAAACGCGAUCAUGGUCACUCGGUAGCACAGAGACAAGGAGACUUCGGGGUAAAGAGGGCGAGGUGGAUUACCGAUAUAUGCCAGAUCCUGAUAUUCAACCUCUCACCAUUGGACAGGACCUGAUUGACAAUAUCUCGGCCGAAAUGCCUCCCUUACCAGAUGAUAUAGUGCACGAUCUGGUCGAGAACUCAGGUCUGACAGUGAAAGAUGCUAAAACCCUAAUGACUCUCGAAAACGGAGCGCGACUAGAUUACUUCGACGAAGUCAAGGCCUUAUUGGCUCAACUGCGAGGCAAUGGCGUGCAAAAAGCCGAGCAAAUCGACAGCAAAGAUUCCAUACACCCACCUGCAACGACUGAAGAAACGAAAACCACUGAUCGAACAAUCGCUAAUUGGACCCUCCAAGAAAUCGGUCAUCUCCUGUCCACCCACCCCCCAAAGCGCUUCUCGCCCUCCCUCGUUCCUCCACUAAGCUUAGCCAGCAUCCUUUACGCUGUGCAUAUAUACCUCAUAUCUCGCUCGGCCGCGAAACGGAUCCUCAAGCAGAUCUACAACGGCGACGAGAGAAGUGUUGAGGUCAUGAUCCGCGAGGCAACUGUUCACACGUUAUCAGAGAGCGAGUACGGCAGUGUUGCAGAGGCAGUGCUUAGCGAAAAUGCCCAAACAGUGGAGAGCAUUACGACGAAGGGGAAAACCGGCAAGGUACAAUUCCUGGUCGGGCAGAUGAUACGACAGGGUGGAAAGGAGCUGGUGCAGCCGCAGCGAGCGGAGGCUGUGUUGAGGGAGAAGCUUGGUCUCUCGCCAAAGGCUUGA